AUGGGUGCUGUGGUUUUUACAAGUGGUGAUAUUAGAAAUCUGAACAUGGAAGUAGAAAUAUGUCUUCAAUUACUGAUCUUCGCUGUCCUGAUAGUUCAUUUUUGUAUCGGGCAUGAAACGUUUAUGUGCACAACAAACACAGAUGCUUUAAAAACAAAAACUCCGUGCUCGAAUGAACUGGAAGAAGAAGUACGAUCUUUGAAAGUCCAAGUUCGUCAGCUUCAGACACUUUUACAGCAACAUGAAAAUUCCCAUUUCACUACUAUCCAAGGUUUUCCAAAAGAUUGUUUGGAAAUAUACAGAAACGGUACUAGGACAGACGGAGUUUAUUCUAUCUCUCCGGACGGAAGAUGUCCGUUUUUAGUGUUCUGUGACAUGACUAACGGGGGAUGGACUUUGAUCCAGAAAAGAGUUGACGGAAAGAUUGGCUUUCACCGGUCCUGGGAUGACUACGUCAGUGGUUUUGGUGAAAUUGACGGUUCACAUUGGCUAGGGUUAGAGAAAAUUCACCGUCUGACACGGGAUGGCAGUCAGAUUUACUUUGACAUGGAAAACUAUGAGGGCAAAAAGGAAUACCUACAUUAUAAAGUGUUCACCGUGCACGAGGCAGCAACCGCCUAUAGAAUCAACGUCGAUGCUUUUAAUUACGAGAGAAAUAUUGAAGAACUUCUAAGCUACUGAAACAUGAAAUUUUCAACUUAUGACAGAGAAAAUGAUGUUUCUUCAAGAAAUUGUGUCAGCGUGGUUGACGGGGCUGGUUGGUGGUAUAAGGAUUGUUGGCGACUAGGAGGCUUGAACGGCGUAUAUGGUAAAAGACGGGAAGGUGGUAUUGGCUAUUGGACACAUAGCAAGAAAACGGUUCCAGUAAAAAAUGUCGCUAUAAAGGUGAAAGAUCUGGCUGGUCAAUGCUAGAUACUGGUGUAUCGGUUAUUGUGAACGUGUCGUGAACUUAACUGUUAACUCGUAAGAAAAAAGCAAAAAAAUAAAACAUGCAGCUACAUUUUAAAAUUAUGUUCUCUUGUGAAAUGCAUGUACUUGUUGUCUUCUGUUGCGAAUUCACUGAUAGUUAUGACUUGGCUUGGCUAGAUCUUUAUUCUAUUCUUAAUAUUCUUUUUCUGUUGAUAUUUUCUCUUAAUAUUUUUAUUUGUUAGAAUCAUGUUUGUUUUGAAAAUCAAUAACUUAUCACAAUAAUGAGACUGAAUUUGAAAAUAAUAAAAUAUAGGAAUGGGGAACAUG